AUGCCUCACUCUUUCGGUUACAGGGCCCGAACGCGCCACCUCUUCGCGAGGAAGUUCCGCCAGCAUGGUCCCAUCAAGCUGUCGACCUACCUGCGUCCCUUCCACGCCGGUGACAUUGUCGACAUCAAGGCCAACGCUGCCGAGCAGAAGGGUAUGCCCCACAAGUACUACCACGGCCGCACCGGUGUCGUCUUCAACGUCGCCCCACGAGCUGUUGGUGUGAUCAUCUACAAGGUGGUCGGCAACCGAUACAUCGAGAAGCGUGUCAACGUCCGUGUCGAGCACGUCAAGCACUCCAAGUGCCGCGACGACUUCCUGCAGCGUGUCAAGCGCAACGCUGCGCUCAAGAAGGAGGCCAAGGCUAAGGGCGAGCGUGUCGAGCUCAAGCGUCAGCCCGCUGCCCCUCGCACUGCCCACACCAUCUCGCUGAAGAACAACACCCCCGAGACCCUGGCCCCCCAGGCUUACGACACCUACAUCUAA